AUGACACUCGUCACCGACAAGGUUAGGGAGCUGACGAACCAAAUCGACCGCAUCGCCGCAACCUCAUUCGUUGCGUCAUUCACGACGGAGCACGCCGAGUCCACCAUUCCUCACCUCCAAUCCCUCAUCCAGAAUCUCGAACUCGGAAAUGCGCGGAGACUACCGUCACUGGAUCAUAUCUCAAAGACGCUGAGAGCGGCUGAGCCUCCGGAUGAGGAGUUGCAGUGGUUGCUUUUGGCACGGUGCGCGAUUGUGGUAUAUGGGACGUUAUUGAACAGGUUGUUCGAUCAGACGUUGCCGAUCUCUCGAGACCUUCUGUAUUGGGACCGUGUACUAUCAAGUCGGCUAUGGACGUCUCUUUACGUAGUACAGACAACACCAGAACGAGUGUACACCCUCGGAAAAGCCGUCUGGGAUGAGGCUGUCGAGCAAGGUCACUUAGUCAUGGCGCAAAGCCAAGGCCAGAGCCAGUUGGCGUUCUUCACGUCAGCGUUCAGAGGCGCGCUGGGUGAUCGUGCCAUGUUCCGCAAAUUUGCGUUCCCAACACUCCCUAAGGCUACCGACAGUGUCUUAAGCUUGGGCACACUACUAAGAGGUGAGAUGAGGGCCAGAAGGAGGAAGUUGAGGAGCGUACGGGAAGUCCAGGCUGCGGGGCUCGGUCUUCUGGUCACCGAAUCCUUGGAUCUUGGAGAUGAAGCGGAAUGGAAGCAGAGGCUCGUAACAGGCAUCGACUUGAUCGAGGAUGUACUUCAGCGUUUAUCUUCUGCCGAUAUGCGAGAAGUGGAAGCAGAAGCCGUAUUCCCAGGUACACCCGAACGCUCACUCUCCCCCGCCAACACAACUCCCGAAGACCUCCGCCUUCGCCUCCUCCGCAUGUGCGAUACGCUCCUCCCAACCCAAGCCUCCCACUCCAUCUCUCAAACCUCACUCUACGGCUGUCCCUCCGCACUCACCCGCUACUGGCCCCUCGCCUUGACAACUGCUUUGUUCGGGCCGUCUGUGUUGCGGAUCCUGCUGAGCCGCCGACAAGCCUUUGAUGUUUGGGUGAAGGAUAUGUACACCACUACUAUCGAUUUUUGGCAUAACUGGGUUCUUCAGCCCCUUGAAAAGAUUGUAGGCACGAUUCGACAUAGUGAGGAGAGUGAGGUUGCGUUAAUGUCGAAACGGAGUUUAGGGGCGGAUAUGGAAAGUUUGGAGAGGAUGGUCGUUGAUUUCGUCGUUGAUGGGCAGCAUUUGAGUGGUCCAGAGUUGGAGCUUGUCAGGACACAGGUCAAGCAAGGCGACGUUACCCCUGUACUUCGGGCAUACGAAAACGACAUACGGAGUCCACUGAAAAACGCAGUCAUGGGAACUUUGGUACGGAGUUUGUUAAUCCAAAUUCAGAAGACGAAGGUGGAUGUCGAGGUUGCUAUCAGCGGUAUCGACCGUCUCCUCAAGAGUCAAGAAUUGGUGUUUGGGUUCGUGGGUGUAACGCCGUCGUUGGCGGUAUGUUAUGUUGUAUCGCGUUGGGUUUCGGGGAUCUUUUCGCGGAGGUCACAGUUGGCGCAGUCAACGCAGCAGGGCGAUAUCCGGAAGACGCUCCGUAAUGUUGACCGGAUUCUUACUUUGGCGAAAGCACAUGAUAAGCUUCCGUACAAGGACCAGGGAUUGUUGCUUUGUGAGGUUCAUUUGUUGAGGGAGUAUGCAAAGAGAUUACCGGAGGAUAUCAAGGCUGAGUUCCUGGAAGAUUUGAGUGACCUUGAAGGGCGAAAGUUGGGCGUGAAGCGACAGAGGCGGACCAUCGAUAGGAUGUGGAGAUGUUACGACAAGUGGUUGUGAUCAGCAUAGAAAAAGUGCGUUUCUUUCACCGCGAUCCUUAUGUGUUCCAAAUACAUGAGAUUGACCAAUGUCAACAUGCC